AUGUAAAGAGCUGAAAAACUUUCAUACAAAUAGAUUCAUAUUCGCAUAGAUAUUUCUCUCAUAAUCCACAGUUUUUACUUAAUCUAUUUAACUUCUAAGAUUUUAAAAGAUUCAACUUCUUAAUGUUCUAACUAUAAAAUUCACUCCAUAUAAUAGGAUAAAUCAAAAACAUUAACCUGCAAUAAACGAGACUUUAAAUUUUUUUUCAUCAAAUUUAUUUUUUAGGAAUAUAUAAUAAUAUUUAAAAUAGGAUUCAUUUAUAAUUUUUAAUUUAUUAAGAUGAUUGAUAUAUAGUUUACUAAAGAUGAAAUGUGGUUGUCGUUCAAAAAAUAACAAAUAUAAAUAACAAAAAUAAAAUAAAUAAUAAGGAUAAAAAAAUAUAAAUUUAAAAUAAAUUUACAAUAAAAUCUUGAAUAAAAAAACUUUAAAUAUAACAAAAAUAUAAAAUAAAAUUAAUAAAAAAUAAAAAAUGAGAUAAAUAUCUUAGAAAAUAUUAAACAAAAAAACAAAUUGCUUUCCUUGCGUAUUAAAAUUUUUAAACUAUCUUUUAUAAUUUGUAAAUAAACAUAACUUUUGUCUAACUUUCACUUAGAAAUUAGUCGUAAAAGAUUUAUAUAUAUGAAUAUUUGA